GACGUCGCCGCCGCCGAUGACGGUGUUGUACGCGGUGCCCCGCGGGUGUUUACAGCGCGCGCGUGUUCGUGCACCGCAGUAGUUGUACAACCCAACACGGUGUCGUCUGUCGACGGGCCCACUGCGAAACGUGCCCCGCACGCGACUACGCCAAACGCACCACCACCACCACCGACCGACCGAUAACGAGAMAAUAUUGAUAUUAAUUCAAUAUCCUAAUAUUUUGUCGGUGCCCCGUGGCGAAGAUGCGGUGGCGCUCAGCAGAGCUGUAGCAGCAGUGAGCUUUUCCAGCGGUCUACGAACUACCCGAAGCGAGCGAACCAUCGACUGACACUUCGCCUACCACGAAUCACGGUGAGAUAAAUGCCACACUCCUACGAACACAUCGUCGAYGCUCAGCAGUCGUCGGUCGGAGACGAGCUGUACAACCUGACGCAGUUGGCCGAAGUCAGCAUCGUAUACUUCAGACACCACACGGGCGCGAUCAUCGACGGUCCUAGUGCCUACGAAAAGGUCAUUAAGAAAAACGAUGGCGACGACGAUGAUGACACGAUAAGUACGGAACAGAGUGCGAAGAAGACGACCAACAACAAGGAACGUCAGUGUCCGGAUUGCGGGAAAUGUUACAGCACGUCGAGCAACUUGGCCCGGCAUCGGCAGACGCACAGGUCGYUGGCAGACACCAAAGCCAGACACUGUCCCCACUGCGACAAGGUUUACGUGUCGAUACCCGCCUUUUCGAUGCACAUGCGAACACACAGMCAGUCGUGUAAAUGUGGUAUAUGUGGUAAAUGCUUUUCUAGACCAUGGUUGUUGCAAGGGCACAUCCGCACCCACACAGGCGAAAAGCCUUACGAGUGCGAAAAAUGUCGUAAAGCAUUUGCAGAUAAAUCAAACUUGCGAGCUCAUCUACAAACUCAUUCUACAGAAAAACCACAUGUUUGUCAAAAAUGCAACAAAGCGUUUGCUCUCAAGUCGUACUUGUAUAAACAUGAAGAAUCAGCUUGUGGUAAAAUAACAUCGUUGAACAACAAUAACAACAAUGAUUAGGAACCCAUUUUUUUUAUUAGAUUUAAAAACCAAAAAUUCUAAACAAUUGUGUUCUUUUGUAUAUAUUAAUUAUAUUAUGAGUUUUUCUUUAUUGUUUUUUUCUAAAACUGUUCAAAAAUAACCUAWUAUUUUUCAGUGACCAUUUAACAUUUUGUU